GCGUCUUGUGGGCCGGCCGGAGAGGGAGCGUCUUCAAUGAACUUCGCCCUGUCUGUCUCUGUCUCUGCGAGCGGCGGCGGCGGCAGCGGCGUCUCCUCGCAGGGCUCCUUCCGAUGUCCCAGGUGCGAAGCGACCUCUCGAGCCGUUCCACUGACUUGCCCGAUGGAGACCCCCAAGGAGAUUCGAAGCUCAUCCCUGCCCCCAGUACAGGCCAAGAUACAAACUCAUGCCCUUCCUCCAGGCCAACUUCAGAGGUAGCAUCAGCAACUUCACACUCCGUAACCUCUACUUCUAGUUCUCAAAAUCAGACCACAGUUGUGAAAGACGAAAUCUCACUGGAAGAACGUUCAACAUCUCAUAGAUCCCUGAUGAAUGGAAAUUCUUCAUCCAACACAGAAUCCGAGGGCAACUUCACAGCAGCAGAGGCAGUGACGUGUCAGCCUCAAAGCCGUGUAACUGUCCAGAUUCCUUCAGACUUGACUUGUAUCCCGUUGCUACAAAAUGGUGCUGGAUAUCUAUCAGAUGACCUCAGCAAUUCUAAGGGAGAGACUGGCAAUGGGAUCUUAUGUUCUGAACUUAGAUCACUGUCAAGUUCCCAGAAGCCUCAUCGGAAACUGCAGUCCCAUCACUCCAUCAACAGCCAUAUCAGCAAAAAAAGCAAGAGCAGCUCCAAAUCAGCAUCCUCGCAGAUCCCUACUGAAGCACAAGAAGACUGCUGCGUCCACUGUAUUCUCUCCUGCCUCUUCUGUGAGUUCCUGACCCUCUGCAACAUCAUGCUGGACUGUGCCACUUGUGGCUCCUGCAGCUCUGAGGAUUCUUGCAUCUGUUGCUGCUGCUGCGGCUCUGGGGAAUGUGCUGAUUGUGACCUGCCCUGUGACAUGGAUUGUGGCAUCAUUGAUGCUUGCUGCGAGUCAGCUGAUUGCCUGGAGAUCUGCAUGGAGUGCUGUGGCCUUUGUUUUUCUUCCUGAAGCCAAAUCUUGAUCCUUCAACAGAAGCUGUUGGAGUGAGACCCUUAGGUGAAAACUAUGCUAAUUAAGUCUCUGUUGUUCUUCUUUAGUUAUCAGAUGGCUGAGGUUUGAGAAGAUCCAAGUUUAAAACCAGAAACCUGAAUAGAAGAGUUGACAGAGUUAAUUCUAUUGAAUUCGAUUCUGGGCUCAGAAACUGUUUAGAAGAUGUGGUUCUUUUUUUCCCAAGACAGCAAUGAACAGUUUGAAGAAAUAGCAGGAUAUCUCUAUGGAGUUGUAGUCUUUAUUAUUUCUCUUUGCCCUCACAUCAGAACUUUCCACAUGGAGGCUGGGGAAUAGCAGUGUUCCUGCUGCCUGAGCCAAAUACCAGAGAAGAAUAGUUGCACGACUAGCUAUGCCAGUUGGUUAAGAUCUGAAGCGAUUACACAACACCAAAGAUCAUUGAAGAUAUGCCCAGGCUGUGUUUAGUAUGACAAUAAGUCAUACUACUGGUCCAGCAGCAUGGAUUGUUACUGCUGCCUUAUCUGAUGCCCAUUAGGUGGUAAUUAGCUGCCUCCUGAGCAUCCAAAGCAAUGGCAGCUUACCUAAUGUUUUCAUGCAGUUGUUCUGGAUUUAUCCCUGGCACACCAACUAAAUUCCUCCAGUAACGUGAUGCAAGGAACAGCCCCUAAUUCAUCCAUACUAAUGUAGAUCCACUUGGUAUCUGUCAGCAAUUAGGAGUGGAUUUUUCCUGUGAAUUCUUGGGUGGGACCCAUAUCUCAUUCCUGCUGCUCCGUCUGCCAUUUGUCUUUUGAUAGAGACAUGUCAAUGUUGGCAUUGUAUCAUUCCAUGUGACCAGAACAUGGCGCUCUUCAUUUUCAAUGUACAAUGUUGAAGGCCUUUUUGCCACCGCUGAGAUCUGUCAGGAAAAAGCUUUUGAACAGAUUGGAAGAGAUUAUUGGUCUAAAAGAAGACAAGGGAAACUGCUGUCCUUUGCUUUUUCUCACAGCAGGAAAACACUAAACCUAACUCAAAGACACCGGAUAUGAGUCACUUGCUAUUUUAAAAAAAUCAUAUCCUUUUUAAAAGAAAAUUGAAAUCAAGACAUCCAGUAUCUUGGGCGAGUGGAUGAGACAAUUUGUAGCAUGUAAGGCAGUCCUCUGCCUCUUUGUAGUCUGGGAAAAGUUUUAUAUUU